GAGUAGCUGGGACUGCAGAGAUUAUGCAUGAUGUGAUAAAGAAGGUCAAGAAGAAGGGGGAGUGGAAGGUGUUGGUGGUGGACCAGCUAAGCAUGCGAAUGCUCUCCUCCUGCUGCAAGAUGACGGACAUCAUGACGGAGGGCAUAACGAUUGUGGAAGACAUCAACAAGCGCCGAGAGCCCCUCCCCAGCCUGGAAGCUGUGUAUCUCAUCACUCCAUCUGAGAAGUCUGUCCACUCCCUCAUCAGCGACUUUAAGGACCCGCCGACUGCUAAAUACCGGGCUGCACACGUCUUCUUCACUGACUCUUGUCCAGAUGCCCUGUUUAACGAGCUGGUAAAAUCUCGAGCAGCCAAAGUCAUCAAAACUCUGACGGAAAUCAACAUUGCAUUUCUCCCGUAUGAGUCCCAGGUGUAUUCCUUGGACUCUGCUGACUCUUUCCAGAGCUUCUACAGUCCCCACAAGGCUCAGAUGAAGAACCCCAUCCUGGAGCGCCUGGCAGAGCAGAUUGCAACCCUGUGUGCCACCCUGAAGGAGUACCCAGCCGUGCGGUACCGGGGGGAAUACAAGGACAACGCUUUGCUGGCACAGCUCAUCCAGGACAAGCUCGACGCCUACAAAGCUGAUGACCCCACGAUGGGGGAGGGCCCCGACAAGGCUCGCUCCCAGCUCUUGAUCUUGGACCGAGGCUUCGAUCCCAGCUCCCCUGUGCUGCACGAGCUGACUUUUCAGGCUAUGAGCUACGAUCUGCUGCCCAUUGAGAACGAUGUCUACAAGUACGAGACGAGCGGCAUUGGGGAGGCACGGGUGAAGGAGGUGCUUCUGGACGAGGAUGACGACCUGUGGAUCACACUGCGCCACAAGCACAUUGCAGAGGUAUCCCAGGAAGUCACCCGGUCUCUGAAAGAUUUUUCUUCUAGCAAGAGAAUGAAUACUGGAGAGAAGACGACCAUGCGGGACCUGUCCCAGAUGCUGAAGAAGAUGCCACAGUACCAGAAAGAGCUUAGCAAGUACUCCACCCACCUGCACCUUGCUGAGGACUGCAUGAAGCAUUACCAAGGCACCGUAGAUAAACUCUGCCGAGUGGAGCAGGACCUGGCCAUGGGCACCGAUGCCGAGGGCGAGAAGAUCAAAGACCCCAUGCGGGCCAUCGUCCCCAUCCUGCUGGAUGCCAAUGUCAGCACCUAUGACAAAAUACGCAUCAUCCUCCUCUAUAUCUUUUUGAAGAACGGCAUCACCGAGGAGAACCUGAACAAGCUGAUCCAGCACGCCCAGAUCCCCCCGGAGGACAGUGAGAUCAUCACCAACAUGGCUCACCUCGGCGUGCCAAUCGUUACUGACUCUACGCUGCGUCGCCGGAGCAAGCCAGAACGGAAGGAGCGCAUCAGCGAGCAGACCUACCAGCUGUCCCGGUGGACCCCGAUUAUUAAGGACAUCAUGGAGGACACUAUCGAGGACAAGCUUGACACGAAGCACUAUCCUUACAUCUCCACCCGUUCCUCCGCCUCUUUCAGUACCACGGCUGUCAG